AUGCAGUGUCCUUCGUGCCGGCAUGUCUCCAAAGAGGAAGCCCCCAUCUUCUGCAGCCAGUGUGGAAAGAGGCUGCCUCCUGCAGUCCCCAUGCCAGAUUCUAAGAACAACGGCUCCACAGUGGCAGCCCCAGAGGGAGAAAUGGAGUGUACGGAAAGUCUGAAGGAAGAAGGGGACCCCUGUUUGCCCCUGGCCUCAGGCGAUUGGCAAGAAAAUCCAGAAGAGCUUUGUCCCGAUGCCUCCUGGACUGUCCAAAGAAGCAAAAAGAAGAGUAGGAAGAAGAAAAAGAAUCAGGACAUGCCUGCUUCCUCAGAGCUGGGCUCCCUGUCCCUGUCUCUCUCCAGCCCCUGGAGUCCGAACAUGCUUUCAAGUCGUGGGUCCCGGGACACAGCCCUGCCCCAAAGCCAAGCCCAGCACAGUGGUCCAGCCAGCCAGCCCAGCCAUCCCCUGGGCGCUGGCAUGACUUCACUGGUGUGUGACAGCCCCACAGCACAACCCGAGGGCCACAGCAGCCCUGCCCAGGAUCUGACCGCAGGAGGAGUGGGAGCAGCCACGGGAGGCGAGGCUCAAAGCAGCUCCACACCCCAGGACCAGACGGAGGGGAAGGACCACGACAACCCCAUCCCCUCUGGGGGCAGAGGCCUCUCCCAGGAGAGGGCCAGCCAGACCACCCCCACCUCCCCCACCUGUGAAGGUCAUCCUGGGGCUGAAGAUGCUGCCCAGGAGCUCCUGUUGCUUGAGUCUACAGGGGACAAGUCUGAGCCCAGGAAGGAACUGCAGACCCAGACCGCUAGGCAACAGGCAGGGGCCCCAGCCUCUGGGGCAGUGGAUGCUGCAGCUGAGCCAGUUAAAGGGGCAGAGGAAGAAGUUAAAGAUAAGACUCAGACAACCAAACAGCCGCCAGCAACCACAACUACUUCCAGUAGACACUGCCAGGAAGCUGGAGAGAAGGCAGGUAAAGAUGAGAGGGUGAAGCCAAAAGACCCGAAGAAACCAGAAGGGAAUAACAGAAAUUACGCAGCUGUUGUGAAAAAUGAAAAGGAGCAGAGAAACCAGGAAGCUGGUGCGUGGGACGUUAGGGCGAGCGUGCCGAGCCCCAGUGAAGGAGUCACAGUGUGCUUCCAUGCCAUCGUCUCCAGACACUUCGCCUUCAACCCCGACCAGCACAAGGUGUUCGUCAGGGGGGGAGAAGAACUCGGGAGGCCCAAGUGGAGUAACGCAUGUGAGCUGUGCUACACCAAAGACUUGCAUGACCAUGGGUCUCUUGUGGAAGGCAGCCUCGUCAUCUCCAAGAAGUACCUGGACAGAUCCAUUCCUUACAAGUACGUCAUUCAGCGUGACAAGGGCUCUGCCGAGUACGAGUUCAUCUACAGACGUCCCCAGAAAGGCGAGUACGUGAACCGCUGUCUGUGCAUCAAGUCGUCGCUUCUGGGCUCCGGAGAUUGGCAUCAGUAUGAUGACAUCAUUUGUAUGAAGCCUCCUGGAAAGAUACAGAGAACCGUGGACUAUUUCACAGACGGGACGAGGAAGGAUCUGGUGAAGGGGAAGCGGUUCGCCGCCACAGUCAUGCUAGACAGCAUAUUCAGCAUCCUCCAGACCUGGAACACCAUCAACUUAAAUAACUUUUUCACCCAGCUUCAGCAGUUUUACUCUGUCAUACACAAGCCUAUGGUUUAUGAAGGACAGGCACAGCACUGGGACACUUUGCAGUAUGAGGGGGAAAAGGUGAAGAAUGAUCUGUGGACAUACCUGAAGCAGCGCAUGGAACCGUUCCUAGACAGAAGUGGGGAGUCUCUGCCGAAAGACUGCCCAGUGAGGAGCAAACUGAGAAUGGGCCUAAUUAUCCUUUUUGCAGUGGAAAAAUUUGACUUUGACUUGUCAGAGAGUGACCGGGACUCGCUGUGCUCCCUCCUUGGCUCUGAUGCCACGUCACCCGAUGCCCUUCAUGAAGACAUCGACCACAUCCUUGGGACACCUCAGAAGUGGCGCAUGUACUUGGUGACCUUGUGCCGACACUGUGUGGAUGCAGGAGUCGACGGCUGGCUGUGCACCCUGCCUGUUCUGCACUACUGUAUGGGGCUGUGCCCACAAGGAAAGUACUCCAUGAGCCGGUCCGAGGACACCUGGGCAGCCCUCGAAGGGAUUUCCUUCUCGCAGUUUCGGGAACGCAUACCAGCUCGGAAUCAACUGCUUCAGCUGAUGGAAAAGAAGAAACACUUGCUGAAAGUAGAUGAGUAUCUCUUCAGAUCCUGGUUCAGUCUGCUGCCUCUGAGUAACUUGGUUCCCUACAUGGAAAACUUCACUGAUUACUUGAGUCAUGUCCCUGCUCGUGUCCUGGACUGUUUUCUAGGGAUGUACUACCGACUGCAAGGAUUUCGGGAAAUCUCUAACCCAAAUCAGGAUGUUGAGAAUAUUUUUAAAAUGCUGUUGCACCUCCUGGAUAUGUAUCAGAACCAGAUUUUUGCAGAGACCUCGCCAUCGUCCUACUUGACUGUGUGCCAAAAACUCCAUGAAACUAUCUGCAGCCUCACAAAAGACCGAAAGUUGUAUGAGAUGCCUGCCUUAGCUGCUGAGAUUGUUUGCAGAAUUAUUAUACUUAAACCUCCAGGGGACUCAGCCGGAGGGCAGGGGAGUGAUGCUGAGAAAAAUGUGGUCAAAACAGCCUUCCAGCGGACUCUUGCCACCACUAGAACUUGGCUUCAGAGCGUUUUCAGAAAGAAAAUGUUCCAGAGUACGUGGUGGAGUUCAAGUGUCAUGUUUACUUACUCUGAGGAGAUUGAGGUCUGGAGGCGGCUGGUGGAAAUUGACUUCCCUGCGGAGCACGGCUGGAAGGAGGCGCUGCUGGGCGAUAUGGAAGGGAGGCUCCAACAGGAGAAGCCUCUGUCCCAGAUCUCUGCCUACUGCAGCACUUGCUGGGAUACCGCAGGCUUAGAGGACAGUGUGGCCAGGAGCUUCGAGAAGUGUGUCAUUGAAGCUGUGAGCACAGCCUGCCAGUCUCAGACCAGUAUCCUUGAGGUAAUCUCAUAUCAUGAUUUGCGGAAAUGUGGCACACUUGUGUCUGCUGUGAUCACUAAGUCCUGGCCUGGAAGCAAUGGGGAACCUGUGGAUGACUCGGAUAAGGUUUUUAAACACCUGCUCACGUGGCCAGAUGUCAAGCAUAUCUUCAAGUUGUGUGGAACUGAUGAGAAAAUAUUAGCACAUAUUACAGAGGAUGGCAAGAAGCUGAUGGCUACUGCUACCCAGGUGUUCACAAAAGUUGCUGGCGAACUCCUGAAUGGAAUGGUCUUAGUUGGACAAAUGGAGCUGAUCGUAACGCACAUGAGUCAAUUUCUCGACAUGUGGCAGUUAAGUGAAGAAAGUCUUUCUGCCCAAGAGAAAAAAUGUGACAUGAAGGAGAUGCUGGACUGGAGGAAGGAACAACUGCUUUUUCUGAAGAAAGAGCGUAGAUAUGUGGACAGCCUCCUGAAGCUGUGCGGGGAAGUGACUCACCUGAUCCAAGUAGAUUUUGAAGAAAUUGGCACAAGACACCAGGAAGACCUCAGCAGUAAAAGAUUAAAUGAAGCCAUGACUGUGAGCCUGCCCACCUCCUCAGCCUCCAAGUGGAGAACACAUUACAACCUGAGCCCCAAGGUCCGAGAAAUGGCUGGAAAGGUUGACUUGUUAAAAGACAGUCACAUCUUCCAGAUCUUCUGGAAAGAGGCCUUGGAGGUGCUGAGUGAGCCCGAGGAGGAACCAGAGCGGUGCAUACUCCUCGAAGAGGCGUAUGAUUAUGUGUAUUCUCCUUGCCACCAAAAGUUCAUUGAACUUUAUCAGAAUCUGAAGUCAGGAGACGUCACCUUUGCAGAAGUCGAUGUCAUCUUCAAGGACUUUGUGAAUAAAUACAGUGACCUGGUUCAAGAACUCCAGAUCAUGUGUUCUGUGAAUGGCCACGUCCAAAAGGAUUGGAUCAAGGAGCGGGUCAGACAGAUCAAGGAAUACCACCACCUGCACCAGGCUGUCACCUCAGCCAAGGUCAUCCUGCAGGUCAAAGAGAGUUUGGGAUUGACUGGUGACUUCAGUGUUCUUUGCACUUUAUUAAACUUUACUGAUGACUUUGAAAACUUCUGCCAUGAAAAACUGAACCAGAUCAACCAGCAGCUUAUCCGUGCCAAAGAGCUGCUCCAGGACAUCAGUGAGAGCCGGUGCCAGUGUCUGAAGGAGCUGUCCAUGCAGAGGGAGUUCAUCACCUGGGUCCGGGAGGCUCUUGGAGGCAUCAACGAGCUGAAAGUGUUUGUGGACCUGGCUUCCAUCUCGGCGGGGGAGAAUGACAUAGACGUGGACCGGGUGGCCUGCUUCCAUGAUGCCAUGCAGGGCUACGCGUCCCUGCUGUAUAAGCUGGACACAAGGGCAGGUUUCAGUGUGUUCAUGGAACAUCUGAAAGAACUGUGGAAGGCGCUGGACAAUGACCAGGACCUGCCCACUAAACUGCGUGAUUCUGCCCGGAACUUGGAGUGGCUGAAAACGGUGAAGGAGAGCCACGGGUCUGUGGAACUCUCUUCCUUGUCCCUGGCCACGGCGAUCAACAGCAGAGGCAUCUAUGUGAUCGAGGCACCCAGGGACGGCCAGAAGAUUUCCCCAGACACGGUUCUGCACCUGACCCUUCCUGAUGGUCACGGUGGCCGUGAGGAGCUACGCGACUACUCCUUAGAGGAGCUGAGGGAGCUUUUAAACAAACUGAUGCUGAUGUCUGGCAGGAGGGAGCACAGCAAUGACGAGGUGGAGAGAUUUUCCGAGGUGUUCUGCAACGUGCAAAGGCUCCUGCAGGCCUUCAUGAGCCUGUACUGUGCUGGGAACAUGCUAUUCAGGACCUGGACUGCCGAGGUCUACUGCUUCCCCAGGGAGGGCAUUUCCAUCCGCAUGGACUUUGGUCUGGACCUGGUGAUCCCGCUGACGGGGAGCGGGGAUGUCACCGAGCUGCUGGAAGGCCUCUGCAAGCAGAUGGAGCACUUCCUGGACCUCUGGAAGAGAUUUGUGACAGAGAAGCGGGUGGAGCAUUUUUACCUCAACUUCUACACGGCCGAGCAGCUGGUUUACCUGAGCACCGAGCUCAAGAAGCAGGCCCCCAGCGCAGCUGCCCUCACAAUGCUCUCCUUCAUCAAACGCAACUGCACCCCACGGGAUGUUGUCCGGGCCUCUGGGGCGUGCCAUGGCAAGGCCACCAGUCACCGUGUGAGGACAGUGAUGGAAGAAUUGCCACUGAUGCUCUUCUCUGAGUCCAGCCUGGUGGACAAGCUGAGGGUCAUCCUGGAGCAGUCCGUGGGGUGCCUGGGUGCCUUCUUGCCUGACUGCCUCGACUUGGAGGCCCUCGGCCACUGUCUGGCAUGCUUGGCAAUGAUGGGUGGGCCCCCCGUGGAGCGGCAUCUCCCAAACGGCCUGCAGGCAGGCCAGCCCAACCUCAUCAUCUGUGGCCACUCCGAGGUGCUGCCGGUCGCCCUGGCCAUCUACAUGCAGACCCCACACCAGCCCCUGCCCUCCUUCGACGAGGUACUGCUCUGCACCCCAGGCACCACGUUUGAGGAGGUGGCACUGCUGCUGCACCGCUGCCUCACCCUGGGCUCCCAGGGGCGCAAGGUCUACAGCCUGCUGUUCGCAGACCAGCUCAGCUAUGAGGUGGGCAGCCAGGCAGAGGCGCUCUUCCUGAGCCUGUGCAAGCAGCGCCACUGUGAAGACUACCAGCUCGUGAUGGUCUGCGACGGCGACCGGGAGCACUGCUACCUGCCCUCAGCCUUCAGCCAGUACAAAGUCCUAGUCACCCCCCAGGCGCCCCUGGAAGCCAUCCAGGCCUACCUGGCCAGUCAUUACCGGGUCCCAGCGCAGACCCCCUCGGCAGCAGCUGUGUUCAGGGACAGGAUGUGUGUUGGGAUCGUGACCUCAGAGAGAGCGGGUGUUGGAAAGUCUCUCUACGUGAAGAGACUGCAUGGUAAACUGGAAAGGAAGUUAAACAGCAAGAAAGUGCCUCUCAAAACAGUUCGGCUGUUCGACCCUCAGGUGGACGAGAGCCAGGUCCUGAGCUCCCUCCUGCCUUUCCUGGACACACAGCAUCAGGACACACCCAUGAUAUUCCACCUGGAUGUGACCUCUUCAGUACAGACUGGAAUUUGGGCCUUUCUUUUCAAACUCCUCGUUUUACAAUACUUAAUGGAUACAAACGGGAAGAUGUGGCUUCGGAAGCCGUGUCAUUUAUAUAUCGUUGAAAUCACAGAAGGGAACUCGGUACUGCCGAAGAGGUCUUCAAAGCCGGUCCGUAGUACACGUGCUCCACAGUUCAGUUUUAUUGACAUUUUUCCAAAAGUCACCUGCAGGCCUCCCAAGGAAGUGAUAGAUAUGGAGCUGGCUCCUGAAAGCAAUUUUAGGGAGCCUGGAAUGGAUCAGACAGAGUUCUACAGUGAAACUUUCCAAAGACCUUACCAAUAUUUACAACGGUUCCAUCAAAAACAAAACCUAGACAUGUUUCAAUACCAAGAAGGCUCUAUCGAAGGCACCCCAGAGGAAUGCCUCCAACAUUUCCUGAUCUACUGUGGAGUGAUAAACCCAUCCUGGUCAGAGCUUCGGAAUUUUGCCCGGUUCCUGAAUUAUCAGCUCAAAGAUUGUGAGGCCUCUCUCUUCUGCAAUCCACAUUUUAUUGGAGACACACUGAGGGGCUUCAAGAAUUUUGUGGUCACCUUCAUGAUCUUCAUGGCAAGAGAUUUUGCCACACCAACACUUCACACCUCUGACCAAAGCCCAGGAAAGCACACAGUCACCAUGGACGGGGUCAAGGAAGAAGAUCUAGCCCCUUUCUCUCUCCGAAAGAGGUGGGAGUCAGAGCCCCAUCCCUACAUUUUCUUCAACAAUGACCAUAUUUCCAUGACAUUCAUAGGCUUCCAUCUGCAGCCCAACAACAAUGGGAAUGUGGAUGCUAUCAGUCACUUGAAUGGGAAGGUCAUCAAGAGGGACGUCAUGACGAUGGAACUGUACAGGGGUCUGUUGCUCCAGAGGGUACCCUUCAAUGUGGACUUUGAUAAACUUCCCCGACAUGAGAAACUUGAAAGACUUUGCAUGGCACUGGGGGUCCAGUGGCCCGUGGACCCUGAUGAAACAUAUGAGCUUACAACAGACAACAUGCUUAAGAUCCUCGCUAUUGAAAUGCGGUUCCGGUGUGGAAUUCCUGUCAUCAUCAUGGGAGAGACCGGCUGUGGGAAAACCAGGCUCAUUAAGUUCCUUAGCGACCUGCGGCGUAGUGGUGCUGAUGCUGAAACUAUGAAGCUGGUCAAGGUCCACGGAGGAACAACUGCAGGGAUGAUCUGUGCCAAAGUCAAGGAGGCUGAGAACAUCGCCUUCAUCAAUAAGGACCAACAUCAGCUGGACACCAUCUUGUUCUUUGAUGAAGCCAACACAACAGAGGCCAUAAGCUGUAUCAAAGAAGUCCUGUGCGAUCGUACCGUGGAUGGCCAGCCCCUGGCUGAGGACUCGGGCUUGCAUAUCAUAGCAGCCUGCAAUCCUUACCGGAAGCACUCUCAGGAGAUGAUCUGCCGUUUGGAGUCAGCUGGUUUAGGAUACAGGGUCCAUGCAGAGGAGACGCUGGAAAGGCUUGGCUCCAUCCCCCUCAGGCAGCUGGUGUACCGAGUCCAUGCUCUACCCCCGAGCCUGAUUCCUCUGGUGUGGGACUUUGGACAACUGAACAAUGCUGCUGAGAAGCUCUACAUCCAGCAAAUUGUCCAGAGACUGGUUGACUCCGUUGAGCUAGAUGAGAGCAGGACUCGGGUGAUCACGGAAGUGCUUUCUGCCUCCCAGGGUUUCAUGAGGAAGAGGGAGAACGAAUGCAGCUUCGUGAGCCUCAGGGACGUGGAGCGCUGCGUGAGGGUUUUCAGAUGGUUUCUCGACCACAGCGAAGUGCUCUUAUUAAAGCUCAACUCCUCUGUCUGUGAGUCCAACCUCAACAGAGAUAGCUUUGGGAGAGAUCCUGUCCUCUGGUCCCUGGUGUUGGCCGUCGGGGUGUGUUAUCACGCUUCUCUGGAAAAGAAGGACUCAUAUCGCAGAGCCAUUUGCAGGUUUCUUCCAGAACCAUAUAAUGACAGCAAGGUUAUUCUGAAUGAAAUAACUCGGACACAGGAUCUUUUUCUGAAGGGUGUACCACUAAGGAAUACCAUCGCCAGGAACUUGGCUUUGAAGGAGAAUGUCUUCAUGAUGGUUAUCUGCAUUGAGCUUAAGAUUCCUCUCUUCCUGGUCGGGAAGCCCGGCAGCUCCAAAUCUCUUGCCAAGACCAUUGUGGCAGAUGCCAUGCAAGGCCAGGCCGCCCACUCAGAUCUCUUCCGGAGCCUGAAGCAGGUCCACCUGGUGUCAUUCCAGUGCAGCCCACACUCCACGCCGCAGGGCAUCAUCAGCACCUUCAGGCAGUGCGCCCGCUUUCAGCAGGGUAAGGACCUGCAGCAGUAUGUGUCUGUGGUGGUGCUGGAUGAGGUUGGACUGGCAGAAGACUCACCCAAGAUGCCCCUGAAGGCUCUGCACCCACUGCUGGAAGACGGAUGCAUUGAAGACAAUCCUGCCCCCCACAAAAAAGUUGGCUUCAUAGGCAUUUCCAACUGGGCCCUCGACCCCGCCAAGAUGAACCGGGGCAUUUUUGUGUCACGCGGCAGUCCCAACAAGCAGGAGCUCAUAGAGAGUGCCAAGGGGAUCUGCUCCUCAGACAGCCUCGUUCAAGACCGAAUCCAGGGGUACUUUGGACCCUUUGCCAAAGCCUAUGAAACAGUAUGCAAGUUCCAAGACAAGGAAUUCUUUGGGCUUCGUGACUACUACAGCCUCAUCAAAAUGGUCUUUGCCACAGCAAAAGCUUCUAAUAAAAAACCUUCCCCACGAGAUAUUGCCCAGGCUGUUCUGCGGAAUUUCAGUGGCAAAGAUGACAUCUGUGCUUUGGACAUUUUUAUGGCCAAUUUACCUGAGGUAGAGUACUCAGGAGAGGUCAGCACCAUGCAGCUGAUCAAGCAGAACCUUUAUGGGGCCCUUCAGAAGGGGCCAGGUAGGGAGCGGGAAGAGGCCGAAUCCCGCUACCUGCUUGUGCUGACCAGAAACUACGUGGCCCUGCAGAUCCUACAGCAGACAUUCUUCCGUAAGGACCAGCAGCCUGAAAUUAUUUUUGGUUCCAGUUUUCCCAAGGACCAAGAGUACACCCAGAUCUGCAGGAAUAUCAACCGGGUGAAAAUCUGCAUGGAAACUGGCAAGAUGAUAGUGCUGCUCAAUCUGCAGAACCUCUACGAGAGCCUCUAUGAUGCACUCAACCAGUACUACGUCUACCUCGGCGGGCAGAAGUAUGUGGACCUUGGUCUGGGGACCCAUCGUGUCAAAUGUCGGGUUCACCCCGACUUCCGCUUGAUAGUCGUUGAAGAGAAAGACGUUGUGUACAGACAUUUUCCCAUCCCCCUCAUUAACCGGCUGGAGAAGCACUACCUGGAUAUCAACACUGUGCUGGAGAAAUGGCAGAAGAACAUCGUGGAAGAGCUCAAGAUUUGGGUGGAGAAAUUUGUGGACGUGAAAGCACAGCAGUUUGUAGCCAGACCUAGGUACAGCCCUCCCGACGUCUUCAUCGGCUUCCACCCUGACGCCUGUGCCUCGGUGGUGCUGCAGGUCGUAGAGAGGCAGGGGCCCAGGGCCCUGACCGAGGAGCUUUACCAGAGAGUGUCCGAGGAGGCCAGACUGAUCCUGCUGGACUGUGCCACGCCUGACGCCGUGGUGCGGCUGAGGGCCUCCUCGCUGGGCCCCUUCGCGGCGCAGUCACUGUCGCGAGAGUACUACCACAAGCAGCAGCAUGACUCCUUCACGGACCUCCUUCAGGCUCACCUUCGCGCCAUGGAUCCCGAACGCCACAUCAGCUUCACAGAGAUCACCACUUUCUCCAGAUUGCUAACGAGCCAUGACUGUGAAAUUUUAGAAUCAGAGGUAAAGGGCAGGGCUCCGAAACCCACAGUCCUGUCGCUGCAGCAGUUCGACACCGAGCACUCAUUUCUCAAAGAAGUCCGAAAAUGCUUAGCUAAUACAGCCAGAUGUAAAAUCCUCAUCAUUCAAAUGGACUUUGAAGAUGGAGUUCACAGUGCUCAGCUCAUUGCGUCGGCUAAGUAUUCUGCCAUAAAUGAAAUCAACAAAAUACAAGGAAACAAGGACUGUAUCUUAGUCUAUUUCAUUACAAAACUGUCCCGGAUGGCAAGUGGAACAUCCUAUGUGGGAUUCCAUGGAGGGCUGUGGCAGUCGGUGCACAUUGAUGACCUCCGGAGAUCCACAGUCAUGGUUUCGGAUGUGACCAAACUGCAGAAAGUCACCAUCAGCCAGCUGUUCCAGCCAGGAGACACACAUGAGCUGGAGACAGGACACAGGGCAGAAGAUGACCAUGAGGAGGAGAUGGAGGCAGAGACCAGCAGCUCAGGGGAGGUGGCAGAGGAGGAAAUGGAAACAGAGAGCCCUGAGCAGACGGGAGAUGAAACCUCUGAGCUGGGAGGCAGUGCUGUUCAGGUCCUGGACACCACCAGACUGCUGAGAAGCUGUGUGCAGAGUGCUGUGGGGAUGCUCCGAGAUGAGAACGAGAGCUGCCAGCGCAGCACGAGGAGAGUCGAGAUUCUCCUUGGUCUCUUAAGUGAAGACAGCGAGCACAGUGCCUCUUUCUUGCGGGAAUCCAAGAGACGCCUCCACAUCCUUCUAAAGAAGCAAGAAGAGAACCACCUCCACAGCCUGAAGGAGUGGGUGGUGAGGGAAGCUUCGAAUCAGGAUGCCCUCCAGGAGGCGGGCACGUUCAGGCAAACCCUUUGGAAGCGGGUCCAAGGCGCGGUCACCCCUCUCCUGGCGAGUAUGAUAUCUUUCAUCGACAGGGAUGGCAACCUCGAGCUACUGACCAGGCCCGACGCUGCAGCCUGGGCGAGAGAUCUUUGGAUGUUUAUUUUCAAGCAUGUUAAGCUUCUGGACAUUCCUCUCAUCAUGAACAACACAAGACCUAAAAGUGACCUGUCCUACAUUCUGGUGCAGAACUACAUGAACCUUUCAGAGAAUGCUUGCAAUGAUGUCCCGUUUAGCUGGAGGAUCAAGGACUAUAUGGAAGAGCUGUGGGUCCAGGCUCAGUAUAUCACCAGUGCUGAAGGACUGUCAAAGAAGUUGGUGGAAAUUUUUCAGGAGACUGAACUGGGCAGGUUCCUUGCCCAGCUCCGUGAGGAGCAGCAGCAGGAGCUUCUGCAGGGCUACCUGAAGGACUUUCUUCUCCUGACCAUGCGCGUGUCCACUUGGGAGGAGCUGAAGUUUUUGCAGAUGGCUCUGUGGUCCUGCAUCAAUGAAUUAAAAGCAGCAUCAGGGGUGCCGGAGGAAGGGCUCUCCCUACCGUGGGUGCACCUCGCCUACCAGCAUUUCAGGAGCCGGCUGCAGAACUUCUCUAGGAUCUUGACUGUCCAUCCCCAAAUUCUACACAGCCUGACGGAAGCCGCUCAGAAACAUGACUUGGCUGGGUGUGAGAUGACUUUGGAUGCAUUUGCAGCUGUGGCCUGUACCGAAAUGCUGACGAGAGACACCCUGAAGCCGAGUCCCCAGGCUUGGUUCCAGCUGGUGAAGAAUCUUUCCAUGCCGCUGGAGCUUAUCUGUUCCGACGGCUACCUGCAAAACAGCGGCAGCCUGUCCCGAACCAUCAGGGAAGUCAGAGCCCAGUGGAAUCGGAUUUUCUCCAUUGCGCUCUUUGUGGAGCAUGUACUUCUGGGGACUGAAAGCCAGAUUCCCGAGCUGCGCAAGUUGGUGACCAAGUACGUCUUCUUACUAGACAAGUGUCUCCAGGAGAACUCUGACGUCAAGACCCACAGGCCGUUUAUGGCUGUGAGGAGCACUCUCUGCCAAUGUAAGGACGAUGCCAGCAGGACCUUCACCAGGUUUGGUGUCCAGCCGUGCCCCAUCUGCCUGGGAGACGCGCAGGAUCCUGUCUGCCUGCCCUGUGACCACGUGUACUGCCUGCACUGCAUCAAAACCUGGCUUGCCCCGGGGCAGAUGCUAUGCCCCUGCUGUUUAACCGACUUACCCGAUGGAUUCUCUCCCACCGUUUCCCAAGAGCACAGGGAAGCCGUGGGAAAGCACGCACAGUUCCGGCAGAUGUGCAACAGCUUCUUUGUAGACCUGGUGUCCACCAUGUGCUUCAAGGACAAUGCUCCACCACAGAAGAGGGUGAUAGAGGACCUGCUCUCGUUACUCUUUGUACAAAAGGGGCUCUUAAGAGAUGCUCCCCAAAGAAGCCGUGAACACACAAAAUCUCUGUCUCCAUUUGAUGACGUUGUGGACAAGACUCCUGUCAUCCGCUCAGUGCUGCUGAAACUGCUACUGAAGUACAGCUUCCAUGAAGUAAAGGAAUAUAUUCAGGACUACUUGUCCCUGUUAGAAAACAAAGCAUUCCUAAUGGAAGACAAAACUGAACUGUACAUGCUUUUUAUCAGCUGCCUGGAGGAUUCACUACACGAGAAGAUCAGUGCUUGCUCCAGAAAUGAACUGCACUACCUGAGAGAGGAAGGUCAUUUCCUCAAGACAUGUUCCUCAGGAAGACGUGGCCAGGAACCUGCCACCGCGGCAUCAGUUGAAUACCUGCAGGAGGUGGCCAGGAUCCGCCUCUGUCUCAACAAGGCUUCUGAUUUCCUCUCAGAGCUUCCACAAGGCUCCGGGAUGGCCGAGGAAAAGCGACGCUACCUGCAGCAAGUUAAGCACUUCUGUGCCCAAGCCAAGAAUGGCUGGUACCAAGUGUACCUGGUGAGGAAGCUUGCGAGCCAGCGAGGGAUGGAGUUUGUGCAGAGCCUCUCCCAGCCGGGCCAUCCAUCCCAGUGGGUGUUUCCAGAGGCAGUGGUGGCACAGCAGGGGUUGCAGAAGGACCAGCCAGGCCAGAUGGACCGAUACCUGGUAUACGGUGAUGAGUACAAGGCUCUUCGUGAUGCAGUGGGCAAAGCUGUCCUCGAGUGCAAGCCCCUGGGCAUUGUGACAGCUCUCAAGGCCUGCAGAAACCCCAAAACACAACAGGUAGUCCACUUACUGUUAGCACUUUUUAGAGAGGUGGCUGUUUUGUACGGAUCCCACAAUGCAAACCUCCAUCCGAAGCCAGAGCAACGGGAGGCUCUGAAGACAUUCAUUGAAGAAAGCAAGAUCCUUUCUACUCCUGGUAUCAGAGAUUUUGCCACAUCCCUGGUGGCCAAUACUCUGCCAUUGCUGAGGACCAGACCCAGUGACGGUGGCCUCGAAGGAACAGUGUUAGAAAUGGCCAUUCACACUGCGGCCAUCCUUCUGUGUGGACAAAACAGAGCCUUGGAACCCUUGAAGAAUUUGGCCUUCUCCCCAGACAAGAUGGUGAACGCUUUUCUUCCAACGAUGCCUGAAGACAUGCUGGCUCAAGCUAGGAAAUGGAAGGGCCUGGAAACAGUCCGCUGGUAUACUUGUCGCAAUGGCCACCCGUGCUCUGUAGGAGAGUGUGGCAUGCCGAUGGAACGGAGCUGCUGUGUUGACUGUGGGGCUCCAAUUGGAGGCAUUAAUCACAGACCUCAGGACGGCUUUCACGUUAUCGAAAUCAGCACAGACAGAACCCAGACUGGCCACGUGCUGGGCAGCCCGCAACACAGAGGUGUGGUGGUGGCGUCUGACCGAGAGCUGUCCCCAGUGGUCUUCGUUCUUAUCCGGUUACUCGCUCACUUGGCUAUGCUUCUUGGAGCUGCACAAAGUCCUCAGGUAUAUCACG